AUGAAGGAUGCAGAGAAGAUCGAUGACUUUAGUGGCAAGUUAGCAGAGAUAGCUUCCAAAUCUGCGGCCCUAGGUGUAAGUAUAGAAGAAUCGAAGCUAGUAAAGAAGUUCUUAACAAGCCUUCCACGAAGAAAAUACAUACACAUCGUCGCUUCUCUCGAGCAAGUGUUAGAUCUCAAUAAAACCAGAUUUGAAGACAUCACAGGCAGGUUGAAAGCAUACGAAGAGUGGGUUUUCGAGGAAGAAGAGCCACAAGAAGAUCCAACGAAGAUGAUGUAUACAAACACUGAAGCACAACCAAAUCAAUAUAACGAGACUAUAAUAGAGAUUAUAGAGGCAGAGGAGGACGAUCAUACUACAAAGGGACACUACGUCACUGAUUGUCCUGACUGGAUCCUCAAACUACAAGAAGCUCAGGAGAAUGAUAACAUCGAGACUCAAGAUGCUGAUGAGUUAAUGAUGCAUGAGAUCGUCUAUCUAAACGAAAAGAACUGCAGACCUGAUAAGUAUGAGACAAACACUAAUGCAGACGAUAUAUGGUAUUUGGAUAACAGAGCUAGCAACCACAUGACUAGAGAUAGAAGGUACUUCUCGCAAAUUGAUACAGCGAUCACCGGGAAGGUGAGACUUGGAAAUGAUUCUCGAAUAGAUAUCAAAGGAAAGAGAACCAUAUCUUUUGUUGACAUGAAUGGAGAAUCAAAAAAGAUGAUGGAUGUGUACUUCACCUCAACUUAA